AGAAGAGCAUUAAGGUCCUUUCCAGCCCAAACCUUUGCGUGACUCUAUGACCUCGUGACUCUAUGACCUCAUGAUUCCAUGGCUCUGUGACCCACUGUGUCCUGGGGUGGGGUGUGGCCAUUGCCUGGCAACAGGCGUUGUGAUGAAGAGGGGCACGUGCAGCGCAGGCCCCAGUCCUUCGAGGGCCGAGGAAGGAGGAAGGAGCCUGCUGGCGACUGAUCCUUUUCUCAUUGCUUUUGCUAAUACGAUUGAUUAACCAUUUUGCUCAACCAUUUUAUCUUCCCUAUUGUUCAUCCCUUUUAUCAUCCCUUUUGUUCAUCCCUGGCAGAUCGUGUCUGGGCAGAAAGGCUCUUGUUUUUGCAGACAUGGCAACGUCCUUGGACACUCUCAGCCUCUCCCAACUGCUGGAUCUCUCCAUUGGGAUGCCCGAGAAUGGAGCCAUCCACUUUGCGGCCAUGAGGAAACUGCUGCGGGCCGUGCUGGGGCACCUGGACAUGCAGUACCUGAGAACCCAGGAGCCGUGGACGGGCAAGCUGAGUGGCCCCUCACUCGCUGAGUUGGCCACUGAUGUGAAACAAAUGAGGCAGGAGAUGGAAUCCUACAAGAAACUCAUGUCUGAGGAGAUUAGUGGGAUAAAGGCUGAACAUUCCCGAGUGUCAAAGGACAUCAGAAAGAUCCAGGAGGCACAGUUCCACAUGGCAGAAGACAUAAAGAAGCUCCAGGACGAGUGUUACCAGGCCAUGGUUGACUCCCAGAAUCUCCGUGAGGAGAUUGGCGUGAUUAAGGUGACACAGUCCCACAUGGCAGAGAAGAUGAAAGAGACUUUUGCAUCGAUGAAGAAGAUGGAACAAAACAUCACACAGCUGAGGGACGAUGCAGUGAAGUGGAAAGAAGAGACCAGUCAGGAAAUCACUCAGCAAAUGGAGUCCGUGCUGCAGGAGACAAAGAGUGAGCUGAAGAAGGUGGAGGAGCAGCAGGAGAUGAGGAAUGUCAUGCUGGAGCAGAUGGUGACUGAGGCGACCAACCAGAUGAAUGCUCAGGUGAAGCUGGGCGAGCUGGCGGAGAUAACAGGGACGGUGCAGGAGGAGAUGGAGAUGGAGGAUCCAGAGUGCUCCAAAUGCACCUUCAACAUCAGAGCGUUUUUGGGAGAGCUCGUCCAGCGCUGUGAGAAACUCGAAGAGAAGGUGGACUCCCUGGAGUCACGGCAGACAGCAGUGGGCAAGCUGGACAGCAUCAUAAAGCAAAGAAGCCAGGACCAGCAGCUGCUGCAGCACAUGGAGAACAGGGUCAAGAAGAUUCAGGGGGACUGUGAGGAGCUCAGCUUGGUCUCAGUGAGCCUCCAGAAGGACUGUGAGCAAAAGCAGAAAGAUAUUGAGAUGCUGUUCCAGUCCCAGGAGAGGCUGAAGAAGGAAAAAGCAGAUGAGCACAAAGUGUUGGCAGCAAUGGACGUGAAAGCAGACAAAAAAGCCUUGGGCAGCAAAGUCAAUUGCACCCAGUUUGAGGCGAGCAUGGAGCGGCUGGAUGAGAGGCUGCGGAAGAUGCAGAGCCAGGUGUUGGGGCAGAAUCAGCACUGGAACAAGGUGCAGCAGCAUCUCAGCCUCACAGUGGAAAACAAGCUGGAUCGCCAGGAGCUGAAGGAUUUCCAUAAGCAGAUGGAGGAGACCUGGCAGAAGAGCAUCAAGGAGCUUGAGAAGAAGAUGAUGAAAGACAGCGCUGCUGGGUUGAGGAAGCAGCUGCCAGUCCCUUUCACGUGCCUGUCCUGUGACCGCACAGUCAAAACGCAGGUUCCUGGCCCGUACCCUGAAAGAUUCCCAUAUUUCCAGCCAAUGCCUCCCAGCAAGGACACACAGCACACCCCAAGGAGAACAGUGGCCAGGGGCAGGAUCACCCGAGUGCCACAGAGCAGUGGGGACCAUCAGCUGCACUUGGUGCAGCACAUCCAGGCUUCCCCCUGGAACAACACACGGACACAGGGCCUCGUGGCACUCCCCAACAAGCCUAGUGUGACCAAGCUGGUGGGCAGCAGUAGCCACAUCUCUAAGGGCCAGAAGGACCAACCUCCUGUGAUGGACAGGGCACAGGAUGAGAUGGGCCCUUCCACCUCACAGGAGGAACGACCAGCCAAGACCCACAAGCCCAAGCACAUCUCCUGGGCACCGGAGCUUGCCUGAACACUCCAGUCCUGCUAGACUUCACCUAUCCCAAGCAGCCAGACAGGACUGAGCACCCAGCACUCAACAGGAGACAUCUCUUCAGCAGACACAGAAGUCUGCUAAAAUUAACCUCCGAAAGAUGAUUUUUUUGUUUUAUUAGGUUGAUAAAAAAAUGCUUCAAAAUGCAGACAGAGCCUGGUCCCAUCAGCCUCUCUCUUCCUCAGGCUCCCUGAUGCUCCUCAACCUUUCUGCUCCCUCCUCUCUCUCUGCCACCAGGCUGAGCACAUCGUGCCCCACGGCCAGAA